AGGCGCACACACACACUUCGUUCGGAGUUGGAGAGAAACCAACUUGCGAUUCUCUCUCGUCCUGCUGUACCGACUGAGCCAGUGGGGAGGAAAAGAAAAAAAGAAUCUCCCCCCACGCGCGCGCCCGCCGUUGCUGCUGUCAUGAACGUGGAACAUUCGCUGGCUGCUACUAGCGGUGGCGGCUUAUGACGAUGGGGUGUUUCGUUGGAGGGGUGGUAAGACUUAGUCUGUCAGUGCUCACGGUCAUGUCUACAACAGGCGAAGCGACGCGGGUGUUGAUUGAAGUGAAGACCAAGGUUUACCCAGAUAAUUAAUUGGUUGUGCUUUCGGUCUCCUUUGGAUUACGUUUGUCUUUAUUUUCUUUUGAAUUCUGUUUUUGCUAAUACACGAUGUACUUUCACUUCGGACUUGGACGGAGUUAAGACUGUGUAUUCUGUAUACCCUACUGGAUUAUCUUUGUUUGGAUUUGAAAGCUGUGUUUUUAGUUCUUUUUAUUACAGACGGCAAACUUGCCCCUUCCCAAACAAAGCACCAGUUGUUGAAACGCUGAGCGAGUGACCAAGUCCAAGUGACCAACUUGUGAUCAGUCUUGCGACAACCUCAGGAGGUCAAUUUGCCAACCAGGACGACAGAAAGAGAAAGAGAAAGAGAGAAAGAAAAAGAAAGGACUCAGCAGUCAGUUGCAAGAGUAGGUGGGAAGGAAAGAGUGCCAAUCUGAAGAAGAAAAUACGAUUUACUUGUCGUAAGUGUACGAGACUCGGAGAGCAAUCUAGGAGCGUGCUGAAGCCGAAUGAAAGCUUGGCACGAACUUAGAGUCUAUACUCCUGGAGAGAAAUCGUUAAUUGAAUUCCUGCAAGUUUCGAGAAAAAGCUAAAAUUGUUCACUGGAUUUCGAAACGACAACUGAAACUUUCCAGAUCCUGCGAUUUGCACUAGGAUGUGAUAAUUUCUUUCGGAGAUUAAGGAUUUGGUUUAUAUAUUUUCUUUUUUGCACUCUCAGGCGGAAAGGAAUGGAAACAGGAGCUUUGUGAUUAGCAUUCUAUUAUUUUCUGUGAGGAUAUCAUGUUCCUGCGACAAUUCCAGUGGCGGGUCGAGUGCUUGUAUCCGAGAUAGUCUGGAUUUACCAUGAAGCUGGCAGGUCCAGGGGCGCCGCUUACGUCAUUGUGCUCCUUGACCACGGUGACGUCAUUCUUGGCGGUACUGGUCAACAUAGCGAUGGUGGGCACAACAAGUGGUCAGCACCACCACGACAUACGUCACAGCAGACACUACCUGAAACAUCCACCGCAUAGGUUCCAUGAUUUUGACUACGAGGACGCCACGGUGGUACUGAAACCGGAGUUCCUCAAUACGGAAUCUAAUAUCUCCGUCCGGAUUGGCGACUCCGCUACAUUGCCUUGUGCUGUCAGAAACCUAGGAACCAAGGAGGUGGUGUGGAGGCUGUAUCCGAAGAACGCAGAACCAUUGGUGCUUACUGUCGGCACCUUCACGUGGGUCCGAGGGAAUGACAUUCAGGUGGAGUAUAAGAUGGAAGAAGGUUUCAUCACACGCUGGGAUCUGGUCAUGAGGAACGUGCAGAUGGAGGACGAGGGAACGUACGAGUGUCAGGUGACAGACAAAGUGCCCAUCAGGACGCACGUCCACCUCACAGUCAAACCUAUGCCUGCAUCAAACCCUUCUGUGGUGCUCACGGGCGAGGAGUUUGUAGAUAGCAAUGAGAGGAUCAAGUUAGUAUGCAACGCCACUGGAGGGGACAAAAUCCCGGAGGAUAUUGACUGGUUCAAAGACGGGACCAAGCUCGACUCGACCAAAUCGCGAGAUCCCAAAAUUGUACUCACAAAGUACAUGUCUAUAGAGGACGUGGCGUUGAUCAGUGAGCUGACCAUAGAGCAUGCUGGGUUCAGUGACAGCGGCAACUACAUUUGUCGUAGCUCCGACAGAAAAAUCGACAGCUUGAAAGUCACAGUGUUAGUAGCACCCAACAACCCCAACGUCAAAAGAGGCACUGGUGCUCAGGUUGAGGAGCAGAAAGAUGACAACGGAGGCGUGUCAAUGACGUCAUCUGGGGUCAUCGCCUUGUUGCUGUCCAGCGUGGUCGCUACCGUGAUAUCCCGGACCCUCCCCGGCCUGUCAUGACAAAGUCACGUGACUGUGCGGGGAUAUUCAGCUACGUCGUAAACCCAACACGCGGGACUCACCACAGUUCUAUGAUUGAAAUAUAUGGUUCACGUGACGAUGACCUGGGAGGUGAUAUAGCGUAGUCUCUCUAUAUAUAAUAUACAUAAUAUUAUGAUUAUUAUGAUUAUACUUGAGACUUUUAUUGACCGCAAAUGAAAACAUUGCUUCCUUACAAAAUACCUCAGUUGGCGUUUAUGAACAUGGGUUGGUUUAUUUUGACUCCUGCAGUUUUUUGUUUUUUUUCUUUGUGAGGGGAUUUAUUUGGUGUGUGAGUGUGAAACGCUUUUGCUCGGGACUUAUCUAACAUUUGAUGAAGAAAGCUUGAUGAGGCCGCUAAUUAUAUUGAAACUGCUCGACAAAACUUUAAUCAAGCAAACGAUCGCCAUCUACGGUUGUUGGUCUGCAGACUGAAAGAGCUAAAAGAUUUCGACAACCGAGAAAUGUGUGGCAAGAAAGGAAUCAGAAAUCGAAAAGGACGAUGUGAGUGCUUUGCUUCAUCUUUUUCUUCGUGUAAACUUCAUCAGGAAACAAAAUGUUCUCCUUCUCGGUGUGAAAAGACGUACAAGUUCAGGAAGCUGCGAUGACUUCUCACUCUUUUUGACAUAAGGUUAAACAAGGUGUGGACAUUGCUGGUGUGGACGCAUGAGCCUGUGUGUCAGAUGUGACGGGUAUCGGAUCCUCGGGACAUUCGAAAGAUGUGAUCAUGGAGUAAUGUUCGACUGGCGCUUCUGAAGACGUAACACCUAUUACAUUCUUCAUCACCAGGCGUCCAGUUGACUCCCAAGUUCGCACUAAAAAUGAACUGUAAGGAAACGUAUGUCGUUUUUGUAAAGGUUUGCCUUUUUUUUUCGUUUUCAUUUAAAUAUACUCAUUGAUAUAAAUAGUUCUUAUGCGCUGUACUGAUGUUCAGCCAUAUUUAUACCUGUAAAUCAUAUUUAUUGUCUUCAUAAAUGCUAUUUAUUAUCCUCUUCAUGUCUUUUAGUUUGGACAACAAAAGGAUUUUGCAUUCAAUUUGAGUACAGUAGAUAUCUACACCAUUGCUCGUGUUUUUAUAAUAUGUAAGAUUAAAGUACGUUCAUGCUAUUGUAUCCAUACUCUAAAUGUCUCGGUAUGCGCGUUCUUUCUAGCUGUAGAAGGAUGGGGUGGCAAUCCAAUGCAUGUCUUAUUUUUUCUAUCGGUUUAGUUGGGUAAUUUUUUCAGUAGACUGUUCAGGGAAUUUUGGAUGGCAAAUUGUGAAGAGAAAAUUGCAAACAAGGUUUUGCUGCCAUAAAAGGCGUGAUAGUCGAGAAAAGAAAUUCCUGAAGGUCAGUUUGAGACAUUCCAACGUUUCGUGUGCACGGCAAGUAGUCUUUGGUCCACUGUGGUAAGCGUAGUGUAUCCACUGCACACGUUACAGCUAGAGUUCAUAAGUGAAUGUCAGAAAGUUGAAUUUACAAAUAGGGUUGGGACAUAAUUUAUGAGUUCCUUUCAUGCCUGUGUGUAUACAGACGUCAUGGUUCACAUAGGAUGUUCCAAAAUCAGCAAGGAUAAUCAACAAGCAUUUUACGUUCUUUUCUAAAAGUAUUUUAGAUAGAGAAUCGUUGUGUAACGUGUUUAUUAAUAACAUAAGAAUAGCAAAAAAAUACGUCCAAGUAAACUUUUCAUUUUGGGUGAUUCCUGGGCGUCUUACUUGGAAUAUUCGUUCCUUUAUUAGUAUUGAAGAAGAAAUGUGGAUUUUAUUUAAGGGGGGGAGAGAGAGAGAGAGAGAGAGA